AUGGGUCCGAAGCGAGCAUCAUUUCAGGAUUUUGCACUCAGAACGGGCAAAAUGACCAUGAAUCCCAACAUGGAAGUGAACAUCAAAGACCAACCUUAUCAUGGCAAACAGGUUGUGCCAGACCCUCUCCACCAAAAAGGGCACACGUGCUUCCUACACAGCACCUCAACAAGCACAGAGUCCCAGUACAAAAGCCGGGGAGCGCUGCAGGACCCUCAGGAGGACUUUGAAGUAAUCCUGUCAAGACAGGAUUUCAAAGAUCAAUACGAAAAGAAGCAUGGCCCAAUUGGUGGAGAAAAAGAAGAGCAUACUGGAUUCACUCGAUUGACAAACAGUCUUGAAAUACUCAAAAGGGAAGGAGUGCCUGGGUACAAAGGGAAGCAAAGAGCUGGCUUAUUCAAGAUCAUGAGCUAUCAUGAGAAGGAUCCAGUUCAUGUCUCGAAGCCUAGCAGAUCUAACCCAAAAUCUAAAAGAAAUCCUCCUCAGGAUAUUCAGAAAAUUUUGUGUCUAGCACAUGUCAUGGUGGGUACAUUCAGAUUAUCAAAGAACUACAAAAGUCUGAAGCCAGGGGAUAUUUAUGUGUAUGACAAAGAUGACCCUGAAACCAUCAAUGGCAAAUACUGCUCCCACGCUGUAGCUAUCAUCGGCUACGGCCGUAGAGAAGGAGUGUGGUAUUAUGUCUUUCAGAACAGUUAUGGUGAAGGCUGGGGGGAGAAAGGUGUCGGGAGAGUGGCCAUGGAUAGUCUGCGACAUCUCGUCCGGAUCAAGAUAUGA